AUGUCCGAGUGGAGACGCGAGAUUGACGCAAAACGCGCGAAAUUAGAGGCUGUGCGCAAGGCAAAGGCAGAGAAACGCAGGCAAGACGAGCUCAGCAGAUCCAACAGCUCGACGCCAGCGCCUGGGCAAAGUAGCGAGGCAAAGAGGGAACGGGAAAAGGAUAGACUAUACAGAAUCAUCUCAGACUUCGUCGGAGAGGGAGGCUCGAGAGGAGACAGCACGCCAGGUUCCUCAAUUCCUUCUACACCUGCGGCGGUACAUCCUGGACUAGGCUCUGGUGCACUGGGUCUUAAUUAUGGCGGGACACGUUCAGUUAGCAGACAGAGUGACUCUGGCUCGGAACGAGGCGCUCAGCGUAAUACAAUGGUUCAAGCUGGCGGCGAAGCCCCUGAUAGUGUAAUGUCCUCUGCUUUCGUGCCAGAUCUCAUCGAGAUGGAGCAAGAACUCUUUGAGAUGCCACAAAAGGAGCGCGUUGUGUACAACAAAGAGGUUCAGACAGCGGCGUUUGACGAGGACAGCGGUCCUACUAUUGAGGAGCUACGGCAACAGUUGCGAGCAGAAUAUGAACAGGCUCAAAUACAGCAGCAGCAACAGCGAGAAAAGGAACUCGAAGAAGAGGCUGCAAGGCUUGAUCAAGAGAUUGAACAGGAGAUCCGAGAGCUCACCGAGGAAGAGAGGGCGACCAUUUUCGCCGCCCCGGAGUUUUUCAACUUUGUGGAACAAUCUUCCAAGAUUAUUCAGCGAGCCCUCAACGACAAUUACGAUUACACGCGCGACUAUACAGUCGGAGCACAGACAGGAGAGGAUGAAUCAGAAGGGAAGCGGGUCAAGAAAGUUUGCGCCUUCUGGGACGAACGCUGGUGCAAAAACAGGUCCAUAACGGAUAUCGACUGGUCUCCUCGAUACCCCGAGUUGAGCGUUGCCGCAUAUAACAAGAAUCCCGCGGGGAUCAACGAGCCGGAUGGUAUUGUCGCCGUUUGGAAUCAGCAUCUCUUGGAAAGACCCGAGUUUGUCUUCCACUCUCAGUCGGACGUUCUUUCGGUGCUCUUUUCACCAUUCCACUCGAACCUCAUCUUCGGAGGCACCUAUUCUGGUCAAAUCCUGCUUUGGGAUACGCGCGCACGACACCUUCCAGUCCUCAAGACACCACUCUCCGCUGCUGGACAUACAUAUCCAGUAUACGCCAUGCAAAUGGUUGGCACUCAGAAUGCUCACAAUCUCAUAACGAGCAGUACAGAUGGCAUGGUAUAUAGUUGGUUGGUUGACAUGCUUGCGCAACCUCAAGAGGCACUCGAGCUCGUCCACACGGGACAUAACAAGACGGACGAAGUUGCCAUUACUACGCUCGAUUUUCCAGACAAUGAAACCACAACCUUCUGGGUUGGAACGGAGGAGGGAAAUGUCUAUCAGGCGAAUCGCUAUGACCGUGCAGGCUCCAAGGCAGGUCUGAACCAACACGACGUUUACAAAGGCCACAAUGGACCCGUUACCGGGCUCCACUUCCAUCCUUUGGCGGGACCGGUUGACUUUUCGGACCUGUUCCUUACGUGCUCAGUCGACUGGACAGUGAAACUAUGGCGGGCCAAAGUGGGUGGCAAGCCAUCGACGGCACAUACAUCUGUUCAUCCACUGUACUCGUUUAAUGAGGCAGAUGAUUAUGUAUACGAUGUCAAGUGGCACCCACAGCACCCAGCUUUAUUCGGUAGUGUGGAUGGAGCCGGAAGGUUUGAUCUAUGGAAUCUCAACGUGGAUACCGAGGUGCCCACUGUCUCUACCGUCGUCGGUGAGCGAGCGAUCAAUAAGAUGGAGUGGGACAAAAAGGAUGGACGACGUGUCGCGCUAGGGUCGAGUGAUGGGCGGCUCUACGUCUAUGACAUUGGCGACCUUGGGGUUCCGCGGGAAAGUGAAUGGACAGACUUGCAGAAGACGCUGGGAGGACUGGCUGGUGCGAAUGCAGCGCAGCUUGGCUUGGACGGCGAACAGUCGAGUCGUACACUUGCUGGUCGAUAA